AGGCUAAGGUCUCUACAGAAUACUAGAUCAUGACAGUGCCUAUGGAAAUGUUUAAUGUCUCAGGAACCACAUCKAUUUAGUGUAGGGUUAAUGAUCAUGUAAUAUGUGUUGGCAUGCACAGAAUCUGUGUGUCUGGAAUGGACUCAAUCUCAUGAACUGUGUGUGUGUCCUGUUGUCAUGGUUACCUACAGUACAUCAACAAGGGUAACCUGGAGCAGCUGCUGGACAGUGACAGGUAUCUGUCGUGGUCGGUGAGGAUGGGCCUGUCUCAGGACAUCGCCUGUGGCCUGCAGUACCUCCACAGCAAGGGCGUCUUCCACAGAGACCUCACCUCCAAGAACUGUCUGGUGCGCUGUGAGAAUGGUGUGUUCACUGCAGUAGUGGGAGACUUUGGUCUGGCAGAGAAGAUUCCAGACUACAGUGACGGGGCUGACAAGCAGCCUCUGGCCGUGGUGGGCUCCCCCUACUGGAUGGCCCCGGAGGUGCUGAGAGGAGAAGUCUAUGAUGAAAAGGUGGAUGUGUUUGCCUAUGGAAUCAUCCUGUGUGAGAUCAUUGCCCGGAUAGAGGCUGGUCCGGACUUCCUACCUCGCACUGAGUUGAAGCUCGCAUCCGUUACAAAGACAUGGUGCUGUGCCUACGGAGCUGUGAGGGGACGGCACCUCCGUACCUUCAGGCUCGUGAUCAGGCCCUACAGUCCCAAACAGGCACUGCAUUCAUCCACCUCUGGCCCUGCUCGGCCUCGCCUAACCUUGAGGGAAGCUUACAGUUUCCGCUCAGCCAGUCAAAACUGUUCGCUGCUGUCUGGCAGCCCAAUGGUGGACAAACUCCUCACGACGCCAGGGUCAAGCGGAGUCAAUGCCACCUCCGGAGACACCUGA